UUUUCCUGUGACAGUCACCUUUUUGUCGUUGUUUUAAGACAGUCAGUUCAGCCAGUGGUCGGUAUCUCACCGGACCAUCCUACAUCCGGUAGCAACGAAGGUGGGAAUGGAGUGAGAUUCGCAAACUGUAAUAACAGCAAUAUUGGAAAAGUUUCUCCUUCUACCAAAUGUCACUAGGAUAAACAGCUAGGAGAAUGGAAUACGUUUUCGAUGUGUUUUUCGAGGAAUCUUUCCUGGUGAUGGAGCGCAGUGGUCUCAAGUCGCGGACCGGUCGAAGGAAUGUAAUUGACCAUUUGAAUUCGGUUAUUUCUGGCUGCAUUCAAGGUCGAGAGACAGCCAGUGUUCAGUUGGCGGUUGGUCUAGCCGUUAAAUCGGCAAUCGAUUAUCAUCGGAAGAUGAGGAGUGACAAUUUUAAAGUUUGUAUGAUGGGUAAGUAUCACAAUGUACUGUAUAUUGCACUGAGAGUUGCCUGGGACUGGAGCUUAGAGGAUUCGGAGAUUAUCAAAACUUUGCUAGAAGAAAUCUAUAUGUGUGAGCAAACUUUCGAACGAAUUUUCCUCGGAGCGCUGUUUGGAUCGAAUGCGCCUCAUUUCAUAGCGGGAUGGAAGAGUGAUUUUAUAGAUCAGGAUGAGAAUCUUCGUGCCUUGGUGUUCUUCUUGCAUCACGCCUGUCAAACUAGGUUGAAUGUACUGAGUUAUUCUUACAUUUAUCGUGACAUAAGGCUAACUAAGUUCAUUGACAUUCCAAUCGAGUCAUGUGGAAAAGCAUCCCCGCUGCGGGUGGCCGUACAAGCAUCUGCACCAGAUGUUCUCAUGAUACUGCUACGUCACGGAGCUAAUCCUGAUCCAGACGACGGAGGAGCAUCUCCAAUCAUCAGUAUCUUCGAUAAGCUGCUUGAUAACGAAAAUCGUGUUUAUCCGUAUCAGCUAGUUUCUUCCCUGGGAUUGCUUCUCCGCUGUACUAUUAUGAUCGAUCUCCCCUACAAACCCCAUUUGUUUCAUAUACGCAAGGAGAUGUUCGAGACCAAGUACGCUACGUUACUGGCAGACAAAAUUAUUCCUCCAGAUCAAGCUUUUGGCGUUCCUUCGUUAAAAAGCAUCGCUCGUUGCCACGUACGAAAUAAUCUGAGGAAUAAUUUUCAACUGCCGCGUGGUAUAAAUAAGCUUCUCGUUCCACGAAAAAUAAAGAAAUAUAUAGAUUUACUGGACUGAUUGUCGGUAUGUAAACCAA